AUGGCUGCUGCAUCCCGCCGCGGCCAGCCGCCGCUCUCGGUCCACCUACCACAGCACCCGACCAGCCCCCUUCCCGACCUCCCGCCCAUCUCUGCCCUUUUUCUAAUCGACUUCGAUGUCAAGGCCGGCUACACCAUCACAUGGAAGCAGGCCGUACCGGGCCUCGAGCUCGAAGGCACCGUCGAGUACAAGAGCCUACCGUCCGGCCUCCACACCGUGCCCGAUGACCUAAUCUACUUUGUGCACGAUGGCGGCCACGCCGGGCUGAGCGCCUUUGUGAAUACCCCCACCGACGAGGAAGAGACCCGCCACGCCCGCAUGAUUGCCGUCGGCGUGCUAGUGCCCCUCAGCGCGGGCCGUCUUGGUCGGGCCUGGCGCCACGCCGAGGGUCUCAAGUCCAUCGCUGCCCGUCUAGCUGCCGACCGGAACCAGACCCAGCUCCUGGACGAGUAUUGGGACGAGAACGGCGUCGGCGAGACCACGGCGCCGCAGCCGCUCAAGGACAUCCCGCCCGAAUCACCGCUACUGGGCGUCAAGGCUGUCCGUCCGGGAGCUGGCAAGGGACACGCUAGAAACCGCUCCGCCUCAGACGGCGCUGCCUUGAUUCCGCCCGGCCACCGUCUUUCCCCUUUCCACCCCGCCUGGAGCCUGACCGCGCUGCUGGAUACCUUUGGGCCGUUGAUCUUCCCCAUCCAGCGCGCCGCACUGUUGCGCAAGCGCAUCCUGAUUUCCUGCCAUGCCCCGGUGCAUGAGGUCUGCAAUUUCGUGUACGAUAUCUCCGUUCUGUCUAAUAUACCCCUUUCAGUAUGCGACGUCAUAGACACUGCGGCCCCAAGCCAGCGACUGCGGCCGCUCUUUUGCAUCGGCGUCCACGACCUAUCCUCUCUGCUAGAGUACCAAGCACCAACAAAGCGGAGUCGGCGCUCCAACGACAGCGACGAUGAACCUCACGACGACGACAGCGCUGCUGGCUGGGUGGCGUGUACCACCGACAGCAUCCUCGCUAUGAAAGAGGGCCUCUGGGAUAUGCUCAUCACCAUGCCACCGCCGUACUCGUCCAACGCCACGCAGCGCGUCUGGCCCACGGUAGAAUGUCCGAAAGGCGUGUCCGUCCGAGCCACCCAACGCGAUCUGCGCCGAUUCCGCUCUCUAACCCUCGGUCUCGCCCGGCUGGCCCCUCCCACCGCGAAUCCCUCCUCUACCCGGCCGCCACUAGCCUCCGUCCGCAGCCCGCCCUCCGAAGCGAGCGACUCCCCAGUUCCUCCUGUCCCAAGCAUCCGCCUUUCUGCAGCCGCCAGCUCUUCCCGCCCGGGGACCGCAACGGCCACAACCGGAGACCGCCCUUCAGGCUUCCCAACCACAAGCUCCGACGACGACACCGAUACCAUUGUGGAACCCACCACCUGGGCCGCUCUGGCCUACAACGGCUUCAUGUGGUGGGCCUCCGCUGGGGAGAAGCGUCACAGCGACGAAGUCGACGAGCAGAGCCACGACGCCUCCUUGCUCACCGACCUCGCGCCUCCCUUCUCACCCUCCAUGGCCGCCAGUUCGCCCCAUCUUCGCGCGAACCGGCAGCGUGAACCAAGUCUGACCGCGGCCGCGGCUGCCCCUGCUUCAGGCGACAUGGUCUCGUCACUUGCUUCUCUUGCAGCUGCCCGCCCAGCUGGCGACGAUGAAGAAGACGAAAACGACACCGAUGCUCACCACUCUCACCCCCACCAUACCCGCCGCAACGACGAAGCACAAGCCCGCAUCGAGUUGGCUGUCGUGGCUUAUUUCCACCGUCUCACGACAUCUAUCAUGACCGUCCUAGCGGAUAUUGUCGAUUCCUCAGAUGACGAUGAUCUGCUUGGUCUCGGGCUUUUGGGUGGUGGCGGAAGUGGAGGUGGAGGUGGUUAUUCCGAUUACACAGAUGGACCACCAUCCCGUGGUGGGGAAGGUAGUAGCAGUGGCGGUCUACGAGGCCGUCGGCGCGGGCACCACGACGAGGACGAAGACGACACCGCGCGAUUACUCGGCAGUCGAUCCAACAGCAGCAGCGGGGACGACGGCAACGGCGACGAAACGAGCCGAUUCCCCUGGGUCCGGAUCGACAGUGAGGCGCUGGCGGAGAUGGGGCUGGAUGUGUGGAGUCAGGCGGAUGCGGACUUUGUGGUGGAUGUGGCGGCGAGGUAUUUUGCGAGGCGGGCGUAUGUUGAGACGAAGGGGGUGGAGGUUUGUGGGGUUAGGGUUUGCUAG